UCAGCCCUCGCCCCCCACCCCCAAUCCUCUACGCCGCCAGUUUGUUAAAUUAAUGCAGUAAGAAAGUCUGAAGAUCUGAGGGAGUCUGGCCAGAAGAUGGGCGAGCUUAGAAAUCCGAGAUGCUUCUGAAAGCUUAGGCUCCCGAGCCCUGUGGGGAAGCCAUGGACCCCAGCAGCCGCUGAAAGUUGUGGUGGGCUCCCUUGCUCCUGCAGCCCCAAGCAAUGGGACACCUUUCCUGCAGCGAUCCCAACUUAUUCGGCGGGGACAAGAGAACGCGGACUGCAAGACGACAGCAGACAGGAACGGAGGCAGGGGAACGAGAUUCCGGGACUCAGUCGCGAUGCGCCAGCCUGGCACACUCUCCGACAUCUAACUGAAGCCAGCACCGUCACCUGCUCCACCCCCCCCCCCCCAACCCCUAAAACCCCUCAGGCCAGCCCAGGGCGAGAAAGAAGAUGCCAUCCGGGUCUAAGGGUCCGAGGCCAGGGCUCUGAUCCCCACGGAUUUCUUCCUUGCAUGGAGCUGGCCAUCUCUACAGAAAAACAAGGGUAAAAGAAAGAAGAAGAGAGAGAGAGAAAGAAAGAAAGAAAGAAAAUAUACCCACCCCUAAACGUGCCUCCCAGCGCUGCAGGGAGCCUCCAACGAGUUGAGCACCGGCAGCGCUCUUCCCGCCCGCAGCUUGGCUGGACGCUCUCCGUGGUGCUGAACCUGCGCGGCCGCGGGCACCUAAGCCGCCUGGCUGCAGUUCUCCCCCAGCUCUGCCGCCUCGUCCCUCUACUCCCCAGCUCCCUUAAACAUCUGGAUUAUUUUCCCCAGUGGCACUCUCCGGCUUCAUUAAGUGCCCAUCGGAAACCUUUUUUGCAACCCGUAACUCGUGGACUUUACAGCACAAGAACCUAGAAAAUGCACAGCUUCAACACUCUGCGAUUCUACCUUUGGGAGACCAUUGUAUUCUUCAGCCUUGCUGCUUCCAAGGAGGCCGAAGCUGCACGCUCUGCACCCAAGCCCAUGUCACCUUCGGACUUCCUGGAUAAGCUCAUGGGGAGGACUUCUGGAUACGACGCCAGGAUCAGGCCCAACUUUAAAGGUCCUCCUGUGAACGUGAGUUGCAACAUCUUCAUCAACAGCUUCGGAUCCAUCGCUGAGACAACCAUGGACUACCGGGUCAACAUCUUCCUGAGGCAGCAGUGGAAUGACCCACGUCUGGCCUACAACGAAUACCCUGAUGACUCUCUGGACCUCGACCCGUCCAUGUUGGAUUCCAUCUGGAAACCUGACCUGUUCUUUGCCAAUGAGAAGGGGGCCCACUUCCACGAGAUCACCACCGACAACAAACUGCUGAGAAUCUCCAGGAAUGGCAACGUCCUCUACAGCAUCAGAAUCACCCUGACACUGGCCUGCCCCAUGGACCUGAAGAAUUUCCCGAUGGAUGUGCAGACAUGUAUCAUGCAACUGGAAAGCUUUGGAUACACCAUGAAUGACCUCAUCUUUGAGUGGCAGGAGCAAGGAGCCGUGCAGGUGGCCGAUGACCUGACCCUGCCUCAGUUUAUCCUGAAAGAAGAGAAGGACCUGAGAUACUGCACCAAGCACUACAACACAGGUAAAUUCACCUGCAUUGAGGCCCGGUUCCACCUGGAGCGGCAGAUGGGCUACUACUUGAUCCAGAUGUACAUCCCCAGCCUGCUCAUUGUCAUCCUGUCCUGGAUCUCCUUCUGGAUCAACAUGGAUGCUGCGCCGGCUCGUGUGGGACUGGGCAUCACCACCGUACUCACCAUGACCACCCAGAGCUCUGGCUCCCGAGCCUCCCUACCCAAGGUGUCCUACGUGAAAGCUAUCGACAUUUGGAUGGCCGUCUGCCUGCUCUUCGUGUUCUCGGCCCUGCUGGAGUACGCCGCCGUCAACUUUGUGUCUCGCCAACACAAGGAGCUGCUUCGAUUUAGGAGGAAGCGGCGACAUCACAAGAGCCCCAUGCUGAAUCUGUUUCAGGAUGAUGAGGGUGGCGAAGGCCGUUUCAACUUCUCUGCCUAUGGGAUGGGCCCAGCCUGUCUGCAGGCCAAGGAUGGCAUCUCUGUCAAGGGUGCCAACAACAACAACACCACCAACCCCCCUCCUGCACCAUCCAAGUCCCCGGAGGAGAUGCGGAAACUCUUCAUCCAGAGAGCCAAGAAGAUCGACAAGAUAUCACGCAUUGGUUUCCCCAUGGCCUUCCUCAUCUUCAACAUGUUCUACUGGAUCAUCUACAAGAUUGUCCGAAGAGAGGACGUCCACAACAAGUGAAGGCUCUGGGGUGGGGUGGGGGGCUUGGGAGAGGGUGGUGGGAGGAGCACAGAGGCUGGGAACCAGGGGAGGAGGGAGAGGGAGAACGCACACCCAUUUCCCUCCAUCAAGUGCAAUAGAAACCGCAGGGGCGGCUGCUUCCAGGGUAUGGCAAUAUCCACCUAGCCUCUGAGGGCAUGAGGUGGGAGGGCCUUUUCAAAUACAGCAACUGAGGACCAUGAGGGGGUAGGGUGGGGGUUGGGGAGGGGGUUGGAAAAUCACAGCUUUCAAAAUUCAAGUCCAUUGGGUUGAACGGGAAGUUUCCUGUUUGGAGGUCAGUGCUGCCUGCCCCAGAGCAGGAAAGCAGUGUAAUAUAUGACAUAUAACCAUGCUUAACAUUAAUGCAAAACCCACAAGAGCAAACGAUACAUCCCUUAAAUCAGCCUAGUAACUGCUUAAACUUUUAAAGUCCCCAAAGUGAUGGACAAAUUUUCCCAGAGUAGAAAUGGUCACAAAUCAGCUUGCUGUGGUAUGCGGCCCCAUCGCGCCCUUACAAAUGCCAUGUCUAUCUUCAAACUGACCCCUAUGGACACAUGCCAAAAAAAAGCCAUUCCGCCUCUGCUUUGAGAGGGUCACGUGACACAGGCAUGGGUUGUGGAGAUAGAUAAAGGUGGACCACCAGCAGAAAGUGACUACAGAGGAGGACCAUCGCAGAAGCCCGAGGAUGGAGAAUCCAGGAAAUCCCACUGGGCACCAAGCUUGCUCCUCUUGCUUCUCUGCUUCAAUGCUGGCCCAACUCAAUGCCAGCCCAAUGGCCGCCAUGGUCUUCUCAUUGUAUUACCAAUAUGCAAUCUUUUUUAUUGUUUAAAAAAAAAGUAAUAAUCUCGAGAAAUAAUAUGGGGAGAGACUGAGUGUAAACCCAUGAACUUUUUUCCAAAUGUCUAUUUUUUUUUUUAACUGCAAGUAGGUGCAUUAUGGGAAGGUGAGCAGGGCUGAAACAGGUCCCAAUUGCCAGGCAGGGGUGAAGUUAAAAGAGAUGAGAGGGUGAAAACGGUGGCGCCAAUGCUGCUGCACAUCCUGUUUGCAGGAAAGAAGAGAUGGUGAUAUUUAGAAAGUCCACUCAUUAUAUUUUGACAUUUCAUAUAUUAUAACAUGGGAAGUUUGGGGGACUGACCCCAUUAUAUUUUUAUAAGUCUUUUUUUUUUUUAAAGAUGCUUUGCACAGCUUUAACAUGUGGGAAAGUUAGACAAAUACUUCUCUUUCCUUCUAACUCUGAAGUGCCCGAAGGAUCCCAGACUAGCCAGGGCACUCCAGGAAAAAGUAACAGGGACUGAGAUGAGCUCAGUUGGAAGGGGUCCAUUCGAAUGACAGAUCUGGAUGUGCACAGACCCACCCUGACGUGGCACAACGCCUGGAGUGAGGCACUGCUCUUGCAGUCCUGCAUGCCAUGGCUAGUACAUAGGAGUGGCAUUUCUGUCCUAGCACUUUACUGUCUCAGCCUUGGGUCAGAGUUAUAGACAGAAUGGGAUUGACUGCUGACAAUCAAUCUGGAGUUUGGUUUGUAUCCUUCGAGCUAGAGAGCUCAGGGAGGGGUUGGAGGAGCAGAAUGAAGAGAUGAUGCCCACCUGCCCCUUGCCAUGCACUCUGCCUGGGGAGUUUUCCUUCCUUCCUUGUAGCGUCAAGGCUAAGGCCUACAUGGGUCUACAACAGAGCAAGCCAAGACAAAGACCAAGGGAUCUGAGUAAAGAAAAUGCACUACGCAGCCAACAGGAUGAAAAUGAGCUGUCGCCAUUCUACCAGGUCUGAGGUCAAUUGGCACAGGCCUCUUGGAUUAUUCAAACCAAAAAGGCAAUACACGUUUUGGCUCUGGAUGAGGGGGCACAGGACCUUUGAUGAUGGGAAAUUUUGAGCAGUGGGAGUGGGUGACUCUCAUCUGAGGUGGUCUUUCCGUGCCAUAAACACGUUCAAAGCACGAAAAGUGAAGAUGGCCUUGAAUAAUCAGAGCUCAGGAUGAAGAUGCUGGUGUAUGCAGCUGUGAGCAUGCUCCUCAGGACAAGAGAAGGGAUCUCAUCACUGCAGCUCUGUGCAUCUUAGAAGAGGCCACGAUUAUUUCCAGUGGCACUUUAUUCUCUGUAUUUAGGUGACAAAUAUUUGUAAUAGAAAAUAAUCAAAGGAACCCUCUCCUUACCAUAUUUAGAACAACUCAAGUCUAGGUGAGUGGGCAAACCCAGGAGGCACCAAGAGGCCCCAGGAGGCAUCAGAUUCAGUGCUGAGUCAUGUCUCUCAGUCACACAAAACCAUCCAGCAACUUUGAAAAAGGCUUCCUUAGAAAGCAUCUGGAAUCGCCCUGAGAUAGAGAAACCAAUGAAGCAUUUGCCCAAUCUCAGCUGGGCUCCCAGCACACACACACACCUGUGUCACCAUGUUGGAAUGGACCAUUAUGAUCUUCCUGGCCUAGGUGACAAAUCCAACAAGCAAGAGACUCACAUCUUUGAGACAUACUGAGGAAUGUUACUGAAGUCCUUCAGAUUAUAAGCAAUGAGAAUACCUGAAUCAAGCCUGAAGUUAACACAGAAUGGUGUUGGGUAAAUGUUCAAGCUUUGGUCUCUCUGAAUGCAUCAUGGGGAGAGUGGGAUAUAGUAUCUGAAUUCUCUCUGGUUCUGCCUGCUAUGGAAUCUGUGCUUACACUGAGAAACUUUGCACAACUAAAAGCUGAUCAUCGUUUUGAUUUCUCGGAGCUCCGUGCAAGCCUGUAGAUUUACGCACAGGUGUCCUGACCCUCACAAUUCCUGUUGCUUCUCUUCCUCAGAAAAAUUGCAAAUUUGCUUUUCUUCUUUUAAUUAAAACCAAAAUGAGGGAAAGGAAGAGAUAGAACAAGGAAGGGGGAGGGAGGGAAUGAGGAAGGGAGGUGGGAAGAAGGAAGGAAGGAAGGAAGGAAGGAAGGAAGGAAGGAAGGAAGGAAAGAAGGAAGGAAGGAAGGAAGGAAGGAAGGAAGGAAGGAAGGAAUUUGAACUAGAUAAUUUAGGCCAAAGAGUUUAGGUGAACCCAAUGAACAGCUCAAGGCUUUCUUAAUUUCCCCCCUUUAGGUUGAGCACAAAGGAAUCUAUGCCCUGAAAUCACAGAUGUAAGAUGCAUGGUUCAGUGUGUGGAAAUAAGAUGUCUGUGCGGAGAAGAGUUUACUGGUUUUCACCAGUACAGAGUGGUGUUCAUGCAUAGUGUGACAUUUGGAAAGGGGCACAGAGGAGUGGAUGACGUCAGCUCACUUCCAAAGCUGCAACUUAUCCCAGGAGCCAAGUGGGGACACCAACUGCUUUUCAUCCUGUUGGUUUGCAGGAUCCCACUGAUGUCAGAAAAAAAUGCUCCAUUCUGCCCUCUGCUGGAAUUUUCUAGCACCUGUAAAACCCUUCUUGGCUCUAGUGGAGAAUGUGUGUGAGUGUGUGAAAGAGAGAGAGAGAGAGAGAGAUUUCCAAUAACCUUGGAGAAAGAGAAAAGUCUAUCAUUUCACCCCAAUUACUUCCUUUCCUAAACUAUCAAUAAGUAGGAAAGCAACCCCUUUCAGAAGUGCACCAAGAGGGCUGGUUCAUGUCCACCAGCACAUACAUCUUUAUGAGCAUCAUAAAAAGACAUGGUGUCUUGAGAGGUGCCAUGUUAGAUAGCAGGGAAGGCAGGCACCCCAGUCAAGAUGGCACUGCCACUGAUAACUGUCUUCUGUGAAAAUUAGAUUACUUACUUAAUUGCCGCCUGCUGAAACCAAAGGGGGUUUAUCACCACUCCGACAGCAGCUGCAUCCUCUGAAGAGGCUGACAAGCAGGGCGUAUCCUCUUCAGGGCUCUGAGAGUCACAGCCGUUUCCCAGACAAUCUGGAAGCCCAACACAGAACAAUGACCAUCACACUGGAAGCUAGCUAUCCAUAUCUGUUUCAGGAACAUCUUCAGCACUUUCUAGCCACCCUUCACCCUUAGCUCUGCCCAGGCAGGUGAGGCUGGGCUUUUGCAGGCUGCUUCUUAGAUUGAUAAGUGUCCAACAAGUCUGUGGACAGGUGACUUGAUUUCUACCCAUUCUACCCACACCAAAAUGUCUCCACCCAAGCUGUCAGGAAGCACAUUCUUUAAAUAGAAUGCGGAUUCUGCUUUCCUACUUCAGAAGUUUGAAGCAAAAGCCUUCUUAUUUUCCUCCAGUUCUAUGACAACAGUAAGGAGAGUCUAUAACAAGAGAGAAAUAAAUGUGCCUUGCUUUGAUGGCUCAACCAUGAGAGUUCCGUCUGUGCAAGGAAAACAUAUAUCCUGGCAAGGGUUUGGUCUGCUGUGCUUGACCUCCCAGUGACAGAGAAGACAUCCUCGAGUAGGUCAAAAUCCCCAGAGAAGAGCACUUGCACGGUUGGUGAAAAGGAGAGACUGACUGACAACAGGGUAGGUUUCUAUUAAGAAGAAAAGCCUGUGAAUGAGGGAUCUAAUGGAGGAGGCUGGGGCGCUUGCAGGGCAGAAAAAUGGAAGGGGCCCCACCCUUCACCCUAUGGGAGCUCUCUAAACCCAUGGUUUUCCUAAGCAGUGGAACGCCAAAGCCUGGAGUUCCUUUAACACCCACAGAAGAUGAAGAGCCCCAAGCAUAUGAUGAAGAGAGCAAAAGAUAAUUAGCCCCCGGCCAGGCCUCACGAGAGAGUAUCCAAGCCUGAUCCCACAGAGGAUGGGGAACUGAAUUUUUACACUGGGUGGUGUCCAUUUACUUCUUCCAUCUAUGUGGGAUUUUUAGAAAUGAUUUAUUCAUUUAUGCUUCAUGUGCAUUGGUAUUUUACCUACAUGUAUGCCUGUGUGAGGGGGUUGAAGCCUCUGGAACUGGAGUUACAGUUGUGAGCUCCAUGUGGGUGCUGAGAACUGAACUGGGGUCCUCUGGAAGAGCAGCCAGUGCUCAACCACUGAGCUAUCUUUCUAGCCCAUGUAUGUGUCUUUUAACCUUCAACAAGUUAUUUCACCUUCCAUGAUCUUAGAGGAACACUAACUUCCCAAAUUGUUGAUGAGCAUAAAAUUGACAAAAUGAAAUAAUCAAUGUUUUUGCUAUUAAAAGCAAAAUAGAGAUGAGAUAGUGCACUAAAAUGAAUCUGAUAGCUGCAUAUCAAAAGUACAAAUCUUUUUGUCUAAGUACAUCCCAGUAACUGGACAUUUAACAUCUUAAUUACCUCUGGAAUGGUGGUGAGCAGCAGCUUUUACUAGAUUAGAGAGCAAAGCCAAUGUUCACCCUUCCUUGCCUCAAAGUGUAGUCAUAAUAUAAAUCCUAUAAACCCACUAACCCAUCUUCAUCAUUAAUAAUCUACUAAUACUCCUUGAUGAUGCACAGGGGACUUGGCUGGGAUCUGGCCACUGUGUGGCUACUCAAGUUUGGAGACAAAAAGGAGCAAACAGGGGUUAGGGGUGGGGGUCAGGUGAAAUUCGGUGGUGUUUGGAGGAUACAGACAACAUUCCUUAUUUAUGAUCCUUUAGAGUGGGGUCCUAGUGCUAGGGAGACAUGAACUAGGCUGGAGUGAAGGGCUAGCAUAAGACCUUUCCUGAAGCUUUUCAAAGUCUAGAAUUCCUUUAAAAUCCACUCAAGAUGAAGAACGGUGAGAGGUGCAGGAGCCAAAGAUAAGCAUCAUCUUCUCUAACGGCUGAAGUUGAAAUUGAGCAGGGUGAGAUGUGGCGUGGCUGUGAAUAAUUCAGGGGGAGGUGCAGUGACAACAGGCAGAGAUGGCGCUGACAGCAUCUCGCGGACAACUCAGGGGGCCUGGGGCAGAGGACAUUUGAGCUCAAAUGCCAAAGACUGGGUCCAUGGCAACCAUUUACAAUCGGUGGUCUUGCCUACCUGUUAAGCAGUUAACAGGUUUAUCCUCUGUGCGACAGCUACCCAGCUACUUCUCCCAAGCAGGUGUUUGAGUAAAAAGGAACCGUCCUUCAGAAAGAGCCGACUGGAAUGGAAAUACCGACCAAUGUUCCAGUAAAGAAGGGGUGUCCAGUAGCUCUUUACCCUCAUCCCAGAUCUAGGACUGAAAGGGGGAAAUGAAAUUACAAGAGAAAACAUGUGACAGUGACCUCUCCCUCACCACAUGACAAAACCCCCAGGAACUAAAUAGAUGCUUGUCUCUGGGUGCUUUGUUCCUGCUCUAAUUGUCAAGUAGACAACUGGAUGUGCACAACGCCCCAGGCAGUCCAGUCUAUCUCCCUAUUCAAGGCCUCUUCUGCCUAGCCUCAGUCUCGGCUCUUCAGCUGCACCCCAAAGCCAGGGUGUUGACAAAGCAGGCGCACAAACUGUAGCAAUGAUAUACCCAGGGGCAUGUUCGCUUCUGUCCCAGCCCCCCAGCCCCAAGUCACCCCUUCUGUGUAGUGAGGACAGUAUCACUCAGAGAGGACCCCAGUGAAGGCUGCGUCUGACUCAGUGGGUCUCCAAAGGAAAAUUACAUAAUUGUCUUUGUAUGUUUUGGUCUGAACAAAGCAAGCCGGCCUAUCCAGACCGGAGAACUCUCUAAUAUUAUCAUGUGCCACAGUAAAGAUUAGACUAUAACUACAUAUGACCUUAUCAACAGCAGUAUUCCCAAGUUUUCUAUGACUUUCUCUCUCUCUCUCUCUCUCUCUCUCUCUCUUCUUACCUGUGCUGUGUUAAGUCUGGAUGUGGAAUACUUUGAAAGCUGAGCAUCCAAAUAAAGCAGAGUAGGAGGCGAUGAUCCAAGUUCCAAAAUAGUCGGCAGCACAGGAGACGGAGGAUGCCGCAGAGGGAAGGGAGUAGACUGUUGGGUGUUAGAAGUCUGGCUGAGCAGUCACGGAAGAAACAGGUGAAGUUCUGACAGAUGGGCCAGAGCAGUAUUGGGCAGACUGAGCACGAGCUAAGAUGGGGGGCAAAAUGAAAGGGCUCACGAAAGCAUGGCUUGCUUUCCCAGGUGAAGGCUAACAAGUGGGAGGCAGGUUGGGAGAGGUGGGUCUUCGCCUGUCAGGCACACUGAAGGACGCGGUAUGGAUCAGGUCAUUUUAGGCAGUUUGUCAGGACUAGGCGAGAAGACUCGGUCUCCUUUCUGACUUCCAGUGUCCUCAGCCUGCUCACUUUCUGCACUUCUCACGGGAGAACCCACUUUUCCUUCGUCUUGGAAACAUACAAAGUGGUCACAUCUUAAAGGGCGUCAGUUCAUCUCAUUAAGUGCUAAGAGCUGAUGCUAGAUGGGAGCAUUGCGGGCUGCUUUCUUUGUGGUGUGGUGUGUGUGUGUGUGUGUGUGUGUGUGUGUGUGUGUGUGUGCAUACACAUGGUGUACAGCAGGGAGGUUGCUGUACCCACCUUUUAUGUGGGUCUGGGAAUCCAAACCGAGGUCCUCACGCCUCUGCAGCAAGCAAUUUACUUGACUGAGCCAUCUCUCUGGCCCUGGAAGUUAUGGUUCUACAAAGAGCGUCGCCACUGACUGAAAACACUCUGCAGUGAACUGAUGAAGUGCACGCUGCAGACAGUGAAGUCCUGGGCUUCCUUCUGUUUUCCCCAUGUGAUGCUGGGGAUUGAACCCAUGGCCCUUGGCACGCAAGGCUAGUGCUCUAUCACCGAACCACAUCCCUAGCAAUAUACAGAAGGUGUCUCAAUAGCCGGGUUUGUGGCCCAGGCAUCAUUUUGUUGUUGAUCUAGCUGAAAGGCUGACCUGGAGGAAAAGAAGUCCAGCACGUUGUUUUCAUUCUUAGCUGCAUCUAAAAACCACUUCCCAACCUAGAGAUGAUCUAUUCCAGGCACAGAAUCAGACAAGGAAAAAAAAUGGCAUGGAGAAAACACAGACAGAAACCAGAGAGUGUCACACCAUCACAAGUGCAAAUGUGCAAAAGGUCAUUUUUUUUUUCACCUCAGGGACAUGCCUUCCUUCCUGUGGCAAACCUAGGAGGGGUAUUUUGGGGGAGUGGUUCAUAGUAUCUCCCUUCAUAAAAGUGUCCCCAAGUCUUAGCUUGAAAGUAGAGGAGGGAGAGCAUUGCAGAAGCUAUUAGGUAUAUUAACAUUCUUCAUGUUUGAUGCAUUUCUACCUCAUACUAAAAGACACCAUGCUCCCAGCAUGCCAGUUUAGCCAGAAGAGUAUCAAUGAAGCAAAGUGUCGGAUGAGGUAAACUGCACAGCCAUUUAAAACCCAUCCAACUUCAUGUCAUAACGAUUCCAUCUCCCAGUGCUGGAGCCAUGAUAACAUUAUCACCACUAACAAGUUAAAAUGAGAUAAAUGAGCUGGACUCCAAAGGGACUUACCUUGCUUCAUUCUCAUACUGGGCACACAUAUGAUGCCUACUGUAUGCUGACAUGCAUACUCCCAACAACAAAGGGGUGAAGAGCAUGUCCUCUUUUUGUUCUUUUUUCCUUUCUUUUCUUUUUUUUAAGUAAACUGAGUUCUGCUUACAAAAGGAUGGCAUAGCAGUGGCCUCAAAAAAACAAAAAAACAAACACUUGAAAAACUGGACAAAAUACAGGUCUUCAGUUGCCAUAGGCUUGGAAUAGACAAAGUGAGUCACAAAGUCGGUGAGCCGGCCUGUUGUGGUGGUGCAUGCCUGUAAUCCCAGCACACUGAGGCUGAGGCAGAGAGAUCUAACCCAGAGACACAUAGCGAGUUCCAGACCAGCCUGAGCUGAAUAGUGGAUCCCUCUCAAAAACCAAGUGGUCAAGACAAAACUAUAAGCACUUUGAAGCCAUCUGGUUAUUGGCAGGAUCGACAUCAUGACAGCCAUGAUGGGGUCCAUGCAAGCACUUGACAGUGCUACUCAAAGGAUGGCACUAAUAAAAAAUAAAGUGACUGUUCAAAUAAGCCAUGAGGCUUCCAAACCUGAUUGGACGGGCUUUCAAUGCUCAGGAGCAAUGCUGCACUUGCCUUGUGUAGCUCAGACUUGGUAAGUUCUCCCUCCUCAUCUGGACUUCAGAUGCAUUCACUAACUUGAGAUGGGCUAGCGUCUGCCAACGGGGGCAGUGUGCCACUUCAGUCUCACCCAAACCUUGCCAAAGCAAAUGACUUCCUGUGGACCUGGGGGAGUCACCUCCAAAGAACUCGUCCUUCGUCAUCUCUAGUUCAUCCGUCUAGGUAUUUGCACAGAGCUAACCUGUCCUAAAGGUUCACUGGCUUGGUUUUUAGACAGAACAAACUCCAGAUGUCUCUUCAGGUAACUUUACAUUUCCUUUUUCCCUCCCCCAAAAGUUAGCUUCCAACUGAAAUGUGUCAUGAUGCACAAGGAAGAAAAGUCAGUCCCUUACCACAAGUAGGAAAUGCCCCUUGGAAGUCAACACUGACUCCCCAGACACUGCAACCCUAGAACAGAAGGGCAUCGUGCCAUCCUUCCAAUCACAGUGUCAGUGUGGGCACGGGGGUCCAUUAGAGGUAAGAAGCCUACACUGUCUAAGCCCAAAUCAUACAAGAGCCGUCAAGCACUUGAUUACCCAAGAUGGGGGAGGUUUCCACAAGCCACAUAGCCAAAGCAGAUUGCAGGGUAGCAGUCCGGAAUUCACUGACCUGGGAAAUUGGGUCCGAAUUACUCUCGAGGAAGUUCCUCAUCCUUCCCUAAAAGAGAAUGUGACCGUGUGUUUUCUAUGGAAACUUCUUUGUACAUAUGUAUAAACUAGGUAUGGCCUUAAAGCUGCAGUUAAGGGUCUGUCUGGCUCCCACCUUAAGCAGCGUGCUAAGCAACCGCUUCCUUAAUGUACUCUUUUUACUUCUCAUUGAACAUUGAACCUUGAACAAGCAAUUCCCUCUGGCCCUUUCUCUUUUUUGCAUGAAGUCAUUAAAACUAUGACAGGGUUUGUUUUGUUAUUUUUGAUUUGGUUUGGUUUUGGCUUGUUUAAAAAAAAUCUAUUUCUGCAGUUUGAAGAUGGAAUGUAAAAUUUCUGUGCUGUAUAUAAAAAUAUAUUUAUUGAGCCAUCCAUAGACUCAUCCAUGCCAAUUCUAAUGGAAAAAAAAAUUAAAGUUUUCUGAAAUUU